GAGGCCCCGCGCGGCCCCGGCCCUGCAGGCCGCAAAGCCUCGGCCUCCAUUGGCGCCGCCCGCCGGGAGGGAGCGCGGGGCCCGGGCGGCGACUCGGGGAGGGGACGGGCGGCUCCGACCCGCUGGGCCUUCCCCGGCGCGGCCCAGCCUGACCCCUGCCCCGCCGUUCUUCCUUCUUCUGCGCUUCUCCUCCAUUCUUCGUUCUGCUCCGGAUCUCCUCCAUUCUUCGUUUUGCGGAACGUUCAACAUCAGAUAAGCUCCUGGAGAUCCAUCUCAGCAGUGUCCAUCCUGCUUUCUCUGCAAGGAUUCAGCCUGUCAGGUCUGCUCGCAGAGGGUCCGGUGUGGAGGAGGCUACCCUGGUCGCUGGUGCCAAAGGAGAGGUCGGCUUGGGCCAGGAAGGACUCCUGGUCCAGUAACGGAGCACUGGUUGGAGUUCUUCCAGGAGAACCCAGGGAAUUUGUAUCACUCAGUUGAGGACAAGGAGGAAUAAACCAGAGUUGACCCACAGGAGCGCUCCAGGGAGGCUUGGGGCCUUGGAGCAAAGAGGAUGGCUCAGGAGACAAACCAGACCCAGGUGCCCCUGCUGUGUACCACAGGCUGCGGAUUCUACGGCAGCCCCCGGACCAACGGGAUGUGCUCCGUUUGCUAUAAGGAAUUCCUGCAGAGGCAGCAGAGCAGCGGCCGGAUAAGCCCCCCAGCACCCAGCGGUCCCACCAGCAGCCCCCCAGCUUCAGAUACAGUCACAGGACAGCGUGCAGAGGGAGACUCCACGCCUGAGGAUGCGAGCGCCAGCGCUCAGACCCCUGUGACCCAUCAGAUGACGGCGAUGAGCAUAUCCAGAGAAGAAAACAGCAGUGAGACAGAAGAACUCAUCAAGUCAGAAGAAGCCUCGUCAGCGUCUCCCUCAUCAGGUACCCUGCUUGAAAUAUCCCAGAGUCCAGCGGAGGGCAAGACAGCUUCCGAAAAGCCAAAACAGAAGAAGAAUCGCUGUUUCACUUGCCGGAAGAAGAUAGGGCUGACUGGCUUUGACUGCCGCUGCGGGAACCUGUUCUGUGCCAUUCACCGAUACUCUGACAUGCACGCCUGCCCCUACGACUACAAGGCAGAAGCUGCUGAGAAGAUCCGUAAGGAGAACCCCAUCGUUAUCGCUGAGAAGAUCCAGAAGUUGUGAAAGGGGCUGAGCAGCUCGAACUGCAGCCAGGUGGCCUAGCGCUCCUCCCCUUCCUCCCAGCCUUCCUCCUCUUCCUCCCAGCCCCAUCGGUGGUGCGAUGGGGACUCCGGCAGCACACAGCAACCACGACCCGCACGUGGGGACUCCUUGCACCUCUUUGGCAGACAGUUGGCGUUCCUUAUCUCCCUUCCUGCCCGUCCGACAGCGAUAGCUCAGCUGAUCCGUUCUUGACCAGCUUCCUGAAGGAAAAGGGCCCAUCCUGCCCCGCUGCUCCAGUGCUAAGACCUUUGGACUUGUCUUCCGCCGGGGCAGUUUGUGCAGCGUGGGCAGCUGGGCUGUGCUGGGCAGCCUUUCCCUGCAGCCGGCAGCUCUGAGUCCUGCAAACCACUCGGGACUCGCGGCUGGAGCCUCUGAGCUGCCACUGGGCUUCAUUCCCUCUGCCCCACCGUCUCGUUGUGGCAGAUAUAAAACCAGGAGUUGGGAAUCUUGGCAGCAAAGCUGCCCUCUGCUCCCUGAGAGGUGUUUGGUCUCAGAAAAUGGGGAUUCUGUAGUUUUAACGCCCCAAAUACCCCUCCUCUCCCUUUGAGACGCUGUUGUUGAAGCACCGGGAUAGUUAAGCAACAGAGUACUGGCACAGUAAAGUUAUUUUGUGGCUUGAUGCGAUGUAGAUGUGCUCCAGUUGCAGGGCAGAACCUUUAGGAUGGGACCACUGGCUGCCUCCUGCCUGUCGCUGUGGGGAGGGCACCAGCCUGCUGGGCUUGCUCUGCCCGGGGAUGUGGCUGAGCUGAGAUACCCGUGCGCCAACCUCCCGUGCUCCACUCACCUGGAAUAACUGCUGGCUGCUUCCUGAGUGGAGUAAAAUGGCAGUGCCGGCAUCUCCUCUCACCCCUCUGCCUUACAUCCUUCUUUUUAUUGCGCACAAAGCUCAAAUCACCAAGGCUCUGCUGCCUUUCCUGUCCCUGCACGCAGACAGGCUGAGAGAGUAGGGGUUGUUCAGCGUGGAGAAGAGAAGGCUCCCAGGAGAACUUAGAGCAGCUUCCAGUGCUGAAAGAGGCUCUAAGAAAGCUCAGGAGGGGCUCUGGAUCAAGGAGGGCAGGGAUAGGAUGAAGGGGAACGGUUUGGAGCUGAAAGAAGGGAGAUUGAGAUGAGAUCUUAGGAAGAAAUGUUUUGCUGUGAGGGUGGGGAGACCCUGGCCCAGGUUGCCCAGAGCAGUGGUUGCCUCAUCCUUGGAGGUGUUCCAGGCCAGGUUGGAUGGGGCUUGGAGCCCCUGAUCCAGUGGGAGGUGUCCCUGCCCGUGGCAGGGGGUGGAACUGGAUGGGCUUUGAGGUCCCUUCCAACCCAAACCAUUCCAUGAGUCUAUGACCCUUCCUCUGCACUUGGCACCAUGGAUACUUGGUGAGAGCUUUCUUCCCUGGGAACGCCUUGGCUGGGGGAGCCCACACAGCCCCCCACUCUCCUGCCUCACUGAUUCUGCCUGUGGGACAAGAGGCAGAGGGCCAGAUCCCCAGGAGAUGCUCCAAAAGCCAGACAGAGGGAUUUGGGGCACAGCAAGGCACGCAGAGGGCUGCAGGGCACAUGGAAGAUCACAGAGAGGGUCCUGGUGUGCUCAGAAGGACAGUUGGAGCUUUCCAAAAAGCCCAUGGAGGGCUCUGUGGAGCAGGGAAAGGCACUUGGUGGGCUCUGGGCCCACUGAAGCACUUGGAGAGGGCCUGGGUGUGCUGGGACACUCGGGGAGGUCUCCAGGGUGCAUGGAAAGGCAGAAGGAGAGCUUGGGGGCACACUGAGAGGACUCAAGCAACCUAAAAGGCACUUGGAGGGGUCUUGGACGCACCUGGAGGGCUCUGGCAUGGAGGGAAAGCCAAGUGCCAGCUUGGUAGUGCUCCAGAAAUAACAUGGAGGGCUCUGGGGCUGUUGGAAAGGAGAACAUGGUGCUCAGGUACGCAGCAAAAGGGAGGCGGAGGCUCCUGGGGCGCAGCAAAAGCCACUUCCACACCAUGCAGGAUCUGCACCCACCCUGGAGCACGCCAGGGGGUGGUUUUCCCUGGGAACACUGGGAGCGGGGCUGUGGCCAUGGGGUUCCCAGCAAUCUCGCAAGCAGAGAAAGCUGGAUGAGUCCUAGGGAAGAAGCAGCAGCCUCUGUCCCACGUCAGGCCAUCCCAUGCUUCGGAAGCGUUUCCCUCAGCGUCAGUUUGUACAAAGCUGUCAGAGAGUGGAGCUGCAGGAGCUGAACCGGCAGCCCGGGGCAAUCGUAGCAGCUCCCUCCAAGUGCCAGUUCCCUGUUUCUGGCAAUUCUGCCCCAGUGAUUGCGGGGGGAUCAUUCCCAAGCUCUCAUUUUUCCUACCUGAUUUCAGCCGAAGCAGCACGUGCCCUGUGGCAGCGACCGGAAUGGCUGGGAGGAUUCAGAUCACUAGCGGUCACUACAGUGGUCCUUGAUGUCCUAAAGGUUCCUGAUGGUCCUAGAGGUCUCUUGGGGGUCCCUAAAGGGGUCUUUGGAGUCCAAGAGGAGUUCUGGGGGGAUUACAGGGGUCCUGGGGGACCCAAAAAGGGCUUCUGGAGGUCCCUAGAGGAGUCCUGAGGGUCCUAGAGGUGUUUUGGGGGGGUCUCUAAAGGGGUCCUUGGAAACCAAGAGAGGUCCUGGGAGUCUCUAAAGGAGUGCUGGGGGUCCCUAAAGGGGUCCUGUGGGAUCUAGAAAGGUCCUGGGGGACCCUGUAAGGCUCAUGGGGUCCCCAAUGGGUUCCUGGGAGUCUUAGAGGGGUCCUGAGGAUCCCUUAGAGGGAUCCUGGGGGCCCCUACAAGGGUCCUUGGGGCCCCAGAGCGGCCUUGGAGUCCUAGAUGGGUCCUGGGGGUACCUAAAGGGUUCCUGGGUGUCCUAGAGGGGUCCUGAGGAUCCCUUAAAAGUGUCCUGGGGGUCCUAGAGGGGUCCUGGGGAACGCUUAAGGGGCCCUAAGGGUCUUGGGGGUCCCUAAAAGGGUGUUAGGCAUCGCUAGAGUGGUGCUGAGGGUCUCUACAGAAGUCCUGGGGGGCCUUUGAGGGCCCUGGGGUCAUAAAGGUGUCCUGGGGUGCCCUAAAGGGGUCCUGGGGAUUCAAAAAAGGGAGCCGAGGGGUCCUGGGAGUCCUAAAGGGGUUCUGCGGGUCCCCUCUAGAGCCCUCUGGGACCCCUCUUGAGCCACCCUGGACCCUUCUGGGACCCCCAGGACCUGUCUAGGGCACUUAGGACCCCUCUAGAGCUCCCGAGGACUCAUUAGAGACCCCACGACCCUAUUAGAGACUCCCAGAACCCCUCUUUGACUCCUAGGACCCCCCCCCGGACCCAUCCAGAGCCCCCCAGGACCCCACUAGGGACCCCCAGGACCAUUCUAGGAUCCCCAGGACCACUCUAGGGACCCCCAGGAGCCGACUAGAGACCCUGGGAACAAUCCAGGACCCCCAAGACCCCUUUAAGGACUCCCAGGACCCCUCUAGGACACUCAAGACCUCUCUAGAGCCCCUUGGGACCCUUUAGGGACCCCCAGGACCCCUCUAGGGGCCCAGGAGUCCCAAGAAACCAUUUUGGGAUACCCGGGACCCAUCUAGAGCCCCCAGGGACCUGUCUAGGACACUCAGGACCCCUCUGGAGCCCCCAAGGACUCAUUAGGAGACCCCCCAGACCAUACUGUGCUCCCCUAGAAUCCCUCUUGGACUCCUAGGACCCCCCAGGACCCCUCCAGAGCCCCCAAGGAUCUCGAGGGACCCCAGGACUCUUCUAGGGACCUCUCUAGGAGGCCCAGAACGCCUUUAGGGACACCCAAGACUCCUCUCCGACCCCCCAGGACCCCUUUAGGAUCCCCAAGAUCCCUUUAGGGACCCUCAUGACCACCUCUCUAGGACCCACCAGACCACCCCAGGACCUCUCCUGGACCUGCAGAACCCCUCAAGGACCCCCAGAACCCCUUGAGAGCCCCCUGGGACCCCUUUAAGGCCUUCCAGGACCCCUCUAGGACCCCCAGACCUAUCUAGGACUUAUCAGAAGACACAAAGAAACCGGGAUGUGCAUCCAAGAGUGGGUGAAAAACAAUGGACAUGUAACGUAUUUCUGGGAAUCUAUAUGGAUAUGUAUGUUUAACCAGUAUAAAAGUCAUGUAACCAGUCUAAAUAGUUGGACGCGUUAGGUGGAUCACCCCCUGCGUACCCCGGUGCUGUUUAUUAAAAGAAUACCUGCUUAAUAAUCAAA